AUGUUGACCUUGAGAUUUGUUGUUCUGACGGGACUCUUUCUACUCCUCGCCCGUCUUCUUUUCAUCAUUGCAAAGAGCUUCUCUUCAUCAACUCGCCAUCUACCAGGUCCAUUUUGGGCGCGAUUUACUCGACUCUGGUAUUUCAAGCGCGUUGCUCUCGGCGGCUUCGAGCGAGAGAACAUUGCACUCCAUAGAAAACAUGGCCCGAUUGUACGACUCGCGCCAAACAUGUUUAGCAUCGAUUCACCGGAAUCAGUAAACACGAUAUACGGCAUCGGUUCAAAACUGCCAAAAUCAGACUGGUACGACGGCUGGAAGCACCCGAGUCCCGAUGCAUGGACUUUAUUUCCCGACAAGGAUAUCAAGAGGCAUGCUCAGACAAGAAGAGUGUUCCAGGGCCUUUACAGCAUGUCCAGCUUGGUGAGCUACGAGAAGUACGUGGACGAAUGCGCGGAUAUUCUAUUAAAUCGCAUGUCUAUCUGUUCGAAAAGACGCGAGCCCAUCAACAUGGGCCACUGGUUUCAGUGUUACGCUUUCGAUGUUAUUGGCAAUAUUACGUUUUCCAAGCCUUUCGGAUUCCUCGACCGCGGGGAAGAUGUUUCGGGUAUCCUGCAGGCUUUGAACAAGGUUUUUGCCUAUUCUACUCUGAUUGGCAUUUUCCCUUCUCUGCAUCCCUACAUUUAUGCCGUGACCAGCGCUCUGGGCAUCGGAGGAGCAGCCGGACGCACGUAUCUCAUUCGCUACGUAAAAGAGUUAAUUCUCCAGCGAAAGACCGAGAGAGAUUUAAAAGACGAAAAGGGCAUAGGAAAUGCUCACGGAAUGCCUGAGGAUUUUCUCGAAAAGUUAAUGGUGAAGAACAAAGACGCCCCAGCCAAAGUAACCGACUACCAUGUUUUCAUGAUGAGCAUGUCCAACAUCAUUGCGGGCUCAGACACCACUGCCAUCAGCCUCUCGGCAAUUCUAUACCAUCUUCUCAAAUAUCCAGAUGUGAUGAGCAAACUACGAGACGAAAUUGACCAAUCGACAAAUGAAGCAGGUCAAGUCCAUCUGAGCUUCAAGGAAAGUUUAGAAAUGCCAUACUGGCAGGCAGUUAUGAAAGAGGCACUGCGUCUCCAUCCCGCUACAGGGCUUCCUCUGUGGAGAGAUGUCACUGAGGGCGGUCUGCAUCUGAAUGGGCAAUUCUUUCCCGAGGGCACGACGAUUGGUAUUAAUACCUGGACUGCGCACUACAACGAAGAUGUCUUUGGCACGGAUGCCGCAGUGUUUCGGCCAGAGAGAUGGCUAGAGGCAGAGAAAGAAGGAGGGGAUAGACUGGCCCAGAUGAACGCAUAUUAUUUCCCAUUUGGCUUGGGAUCGCGAACAUGCAUUGGCCGACAUAUCUCUUACUUGGAGAUGUCGAAGCUGAUCCCACUGCUCAUUAGGAACUUUGACUUCGAGUUGCAAGAUGGAAAGAAUGACUGGCAAACAACGAAUUAUUGGUUUGUGAAACAAGACAACUUUAACGUCACAGUUAGGCCAAGGGCGGCAGCGUGA